AUGCGCAGGCUGCAGCACCCUCUCGGCACCGCCAUUCCACUUGCACCAGAAUCUCUUCCCACAAUGAUUGCUUCGAAAUAUCACACUGCCCUAGGAUGUGGCCUCCUCCUCGUGGUCAUGUCAUUGGGGCAGGCUUUAUGCAAAGCGCCUUUCCUACGCAUCGUCGAAUUGGACUUAUGUCGUUCCUAUCACGGUCAACGAUCUCCUGGAUCUGUGCCCUCGGAUGCAGACUUGACCGAAGACAGGUGCAAGGCAAUACCCGUACAGAAAGACUUGGCCAUGAUCAAUGCAUACAACAUGGCUGUGUCAUCCAUCGUUGAGAUCAUGACAGCCUUUCCAUAUGCGGCCCUUUGCGCACGAUUCAGUCGACGCAUGAUCUUAGCUGCCAAUGUCGCUGGCGCCGUCAGCACUUUCACAUACUACAUAUGCAUCUACAUUCGACGUCCGGCUUGUUUUGGGCCAGUCUCUCUGGCGAAUCUUCGGUGGUGGCGAUGGCGUUCUGUUGAGCGUCGCCAACGCCUUGAUCGCCGAGAGCCUGCCCGCGGCACAUCUGUACCGUAUCCGUUCCGCCAUGGCGUAGUCCAAAUUUGGCUAACCGAGAGACGCAGGAGCAAAGUUCUUUUUCUCCUCAACGCCAUGCGCCUCAUCGUCAAUGCCGUCGGCCAGAUGGUGGGGGCUCGUCUCAUGCAAGACAAUUUAUGGGCACCCGCAUUGUUAGGCCUGGCGAUGCAUUGCUUGGCUGUUCCCGCUCUCUGCUUGAUUGCGGACCCACCCGAGCCAAAGCAAGGAUCUAGGACAACAGAUGGAGGUUUUGAAGAUGCCACUGAUCCUCUACUCGCGCACGCCAGUGGCGGGACGAAAGAGAACCAGGAGCUGCCUGUGUGGGAGCAAAUAUGGGCUUCGAUAACGACAGCAGGUCGGCGAGUUUCGGUACUAUUCCUCGAGCCUACGACGGCCAUGGCACUGGCCAUUGUCUUCCUAAAUGAGCUAGGACACGGCGUAAACAACAUCGUGCAGCAAUGGAGCAGCCGUAGCUUCGACUGGACAUUCGCCCACACCAACUACCUCAUGGCGGGUCAACGUCUGGUGGCGGCCAUGACGCUGAUAGGAUUCUCAUGGUCAUUCCACAGGCUGCAAAGGGCAGGCUACGCAAGCGCACGGCUCGACAUCGCUCUGGUUACUGUCUGCCAAUGGCUAACGUUAUUGGGUAUGUUGGGAUCGGCGAUGUCAUCUCUCAGCACACUAGAGGGAAUGAGGGUAGUGGUGUUUAUAUGCUCCAUACUCGUCUAUAUGAUGGGGUGGGGUAUGGCAGGCGCAUUGCAGUCGAGCGUAACCCGAUCAAUCCCAAAAGAUCGGAUUACGAUGCUCUAUACGGGUCUAAAUGUGGCAGAUCGGAUGGCCGGCAUUGUGAGUGGCCCCAUGUUCGCAGGCCUACUGAUGAGCGGCAUGCAAAAGGGGGGCCGGUGGACGUAUCUCCCUUUCUGGGUGUCGGCGGGUCUGUUCGUCAUGGUGUCAGUGUUGACGAGGCAAAUAACCCGUUGGUUGGGCGCUGAGAUGAGAGAAGAAGACGAUGAAACGAGAUUAGCUCCCUAG